AUGGCUAGUUCAGUACCAGCACCAGCCUUUUUCACGGUCCUUGUUGGUGGUUUUUCUGAGAAAAUGAAAAUACCAAGAGCUUUUGUCAACCACUUCAAUGGACCAGCACUCUGCCAACUUGAAGGCCCUAAUGGAAAUUGCUGGGAUGUAAAAUUGGAAGAGAAAAAUAAUGAUUUUUUCUUCCACAAAGGCUGGAAGAAAUUUGUGAAGGAUAAUUUUUUGGAUGAAGGAGACUUUCUGGUUUUCAAUUAUGAUGGCAAUUCGUGUUUCAAAGUGACAAUCUAUGAUGAAAGUGCAUGUGAAAUGGACAUAGAAGCUGCCAAGACAAAGAGAAGUGGCGGUGCUCAAAGGAGGGAUGACGUUCCGCCUGGGGAGUCAAGAAUCAUUGAGUUCAAAUCAAAGCAUUUUUGCUUCAAGAGAACUAUGGAGAGGCACAGAUUGUAUCAACUGGUCAUUCCUAUAACAAUAGCUAGGGCUAAGCUUGACAUGGGCAGGCAGAUUUUAGAGCUUCGGGAUCCAAAAAACAGACCAUGGCCUGUUACAGUGGCUCCCAUGGAAGAUGGCCGUCUGCUUGUGAACAAAGGCUGGCGUGAUUGUUGCAAGGCGAACCAGGUUAAGGUCGGGCACACCAUCGUUUUGGAGUUUGUCAAGAAACAUGGGAAGCUUCACAUCUUCAGAGAUGAGGGGUGUGAUGUGAUACUCUCCGGUCCUCAUGUUGUAGAUUGA